CGAUUUUUCACUAUUAAAUACAAGAGAUCCAAUGCUGCUCAUCGCAUUUGUUUCACUCUAAAGUGAAGUUGUCCCCGAUAAACAGUAUUCAAACAUUCAGCGCAUUUACUGAACAAAAUCACGUUUGGCAAUUGCGCCAUUUACAUCCGUAGGGAAAAGAUAUUUCACGAAUCAACAUGGAAGAGCUGCAAAAUACGUCCAAUGAUAUGGAUUCAGUGAAUACGAUCGAAUCGAUUGCUAUUAACUACGAAUACCCUGCAGCAUCCAUUAUUGUAAAUGAAGAUGAAGUGGUUCAACAUGAGGAAACGGUCCAUACAGAGGAGGAUUCGUCGGCAAUGUACAACUGCGACUCCUGUGGUAUGGCGUUUCGUUCCAUCGAGGAACACAUCCGUCAAUACCAUCGAGAUGAGGAGGUCAUGAUUGAGCUGGAAGAAGAGCAGCUGGUCGAUGAUCAGGAUGAUUUUGGAAUAGCAGAGUUCACAGAUGAAGAUAGUUCCGAGGAAUCAUCUGGUUUCAAAUGCAGAAUUUGCAAAACAGAACUGCAAAGCGCAAGAAGCCUAAAACUUCAUUUAAAAAUGCAUGACAGAGAGAAGCAUUCAGGUGCGAAAGUGAACCUCGCAAAUCAUUGCAGCAUAUGCAAUAGGUCAUUCAGUAGUAGUGAGCAUUUGCAGCUGCAUAUUUUGGGUCACGGUGAAGCAUCCCGGCUGAUAAAAAUCAGUUCGACUGGGAGUGGCUAUCCGUGCAACUACUGUGGCAAACGAUUCAAGCGACCGCACGAAAAAGUGAAACAUGAACGAAUUCACACCGGUGAACGACCGUAUUGUUGUGAUAUCUGCGGGAAGCGAUUUCGUAUUUCGAAUUGCCUAACAAUCCACCUAAGGACGCACGAGGAUUCCCGACCAUUUGUUUGUCCGUACUGCAAGAAAAGGUUCAAAGUGCAAUCAGCCUACAACCACCAUUUGAAAACGCAUUCAAGUGUACGAAAUUAUCGCUGCUCCUUGUGUCCGAAAGCGUUCAAAACUGCUGUUCAGUUGAAUGGGCACAAAAAGUGUCACACCAAACCAUUCUCCUGCUCCGAAUGCAGUCGGCCCUUUGGAACUUUGUACGCUGUGCGUAAACAUAUGCAAGAACACCAGCUUGCGAAUAAUAAGCUCACUUAUGGCUGCGACAUUUGUGGAGCCCAUUAUGCUCGGGCGUUUGCUUUGCGCGAUCACCGGAAGGAGAAACAUGGUGUUGAAAAAUGUGGCGAUAAUGCGACCGUUGUUACCAAUAAUCAAACUGCUGAACGUAUUUCCGUGGUUCAUGAACAAAUUAUUCUUUCUGAUGUUGGACCUGACGUUACUGAGGAUGUGAUGUUAUAAAGCUCAAAUAAAUGAAAUUGAAACUGCAA